AUGCUGUCCACAUGGAGGGAUGAUGGCAGUAACAGAGAUUGCUGCAAAUGGAGAGGCAUUCAAUGCAACAAUGAAACAGGUGACGUACGAAUACUUGAUCUUCGUGGUUCCAAAAUGCAUUUUUUGACAGGUUCAAUCAAUCUUACUCCAUUGAUUGACUUAGAAAACAUGGAAUAUUUGGAUCUUAGCAAUAAUUAUGAUUAUAGUUGGAGUCAUCUUCCUCAACACUUGGGCUACAUCAAAAGCUUAAGAUAUCUCAAUCUAUCACAAGUAAAUUUUUACGGGGGGAUUCCCUAUGAACUGGGAAAUCUCUCAAAGUUGGAGUAUCUUGAUCUUAAAGGAAAUUCUCUCAAUGGUACAAUCCCUUCUCAACUUGGAAACCUUACAAGUUUACGAUAUCUUGAUCUAAGUGACAAUUAUUAUCUCCAAGGAGAAAUUCCUAAUCAACUUGGAAAUCUCCCACAGUUGAAGUAUCUUGAUCUUGGGUUUACAUUACUUUCUGGAGCAAUCCCUUUCCGGGUUGGUAAUCUUCCUCUCUUGCAUACUCUUAGACUUGGUGGAAGUUUUGAUCUUACAGUUAGUGAUGCAAAGUGGCUAUCUUCUCUCUCUUUAUUAACAACUUUUGGUCUCGAUUCAUUGCUUAAUCUUGCUUACUCUCGUCACUGGCUACAAGUGAUUAGUGAGCUUGUUUCAAACUUAAGAGAGUUGAGUCUAGUGCGUUGUAGUCUUUCAGAUAAGGAUGUUUCAUCUUUGUUUCCUUCUCAUUCUAACCUUUCCACUUCUCUUUCCAUCCUUGAUCUCUCUGAUAAUAUGUUGACAGCAUCAACAUUUCAAUUGUUGUUCAACCACAGCCAUAACCUCCAAGAGCUUUAUCUGCGUGGUAAUAAUAUUGUUUUGUCGUCUCCACACUAUCCACACUUUCAUUCACUUGUGGUCCUUGAUCUUGCUCUUAAUAACCUCACAUCAUCAACAAUUCUAGGAAAUUUCAAUUUCAGCUCCACACUACAAGAACUUCAUCUAGAAGAGUGCAGUCUUACUGAUAAAAAUUUUCUUGUUCCAUCUGCUUCCAUACGCAAGUCUUCAUCUUCUCUUGUCACCCUUGAUCUCUCCUCUAAUCUAUUGAAAUCAUCGGCUAUAUUUCAUUUGAUUUCCAACUUCACCCCCAAUCUUCAUACACUUUCCCUUGGCGAUAACAUGUUAGAAGGUCCCAUUCCAGCUGGAUUAGGGAAAGUAAUGAACUCUCUUGAAGUUCUUGCCCUUUCCUCCAACAAACUGCAUGGUCAGAUUCCUGCUUCCCUUGGAAAUAUAUGCACACUACAGGAACUACACCUUAGCAAUAACAACUUGAGUGGCAAAAUUGCUAGCUUCAUUGGAAACUCUUCCAUUUUGUCAUCUUUGAGGAUAUUAGAUCUUUCCAAUAAUAUGUUAACGGGAGAAUUACCAAAAAACAUUGGGUUGCUAUGGGAGUUGGAAGGUCUUCACCUACAGGAGAAUAAUCUGGAGGGUGAUAUAUAUGAAUUGCAUUUCACAAAUUUGUCCAAAUUGAUGGAUUUAGACUUAACACACAACUCAUUGUCUCUAAAGUUCGCAACUACCUGGAUUCCACCUUUCCAGUUAUUUCAUAUGGGACUAGCCUCUUGCAAGUUGGGUCCUAGUUUCCCCAGUUGGAUCCAGACUCAAAGUCGCUUAAGCUUUCUAGAUAUUUCUGAUGCUGAGAUUGAUGACUUUGUACCAGAUUGGUUUUGGAACAAGUUACAGUCUAUAAGUGAGAUGAAUAUUUCUUACAACAAUCUCAAAGGUUCAAUUCCAAAUUUACCCAUCAAGAUUACCAAUAAUGGUCAUGCAGUAAUACUAAAUUCAAAUAAACUUGAAGGUGGAGUUCCUACCUUUUUGUCACAAGUUAGCACCUUGGAUCUUUCUAAAAAUAUGAUUUCAGAUUUGGAUGCAUUUAUAUGUGGAAAAGAAGAAAAUACAAACAUCGGCAUACUUGAUUUAUCAAAUAAUCAAAUAAAGGGACAACUGCCCGAUUGUUGGGAAAAUCUAGCUAGUUCACUAGAAUUUCUUGAUCUAAGCAAUAAUAAUUUUUCAGGGAAGAUUCCGAAGUCCAUGGGUUAUCUUGCUAAUUUGGGAGCUUUGUUGUUACGGAACAACAGUUUAACUGGAGAGCUACCACACACAUUAAAAAACUGCACUCAUUUAGAAACACUAGACUUGAGUGAAAAUUUGUUUCCUGGUCUAAUACCUUCAUGGAUUGGAGAUAGUCUACAACAACUGAAAAUCUUGAGCUUGCGAACAAAUCGUUUCUUUGGAAGUUUUCCAGUACAUCUCUGUCAUUUGAGGCAAAUUCUUGUCUUGGAUCUUUCAAGGAACAACUUGUCAAAAGGAAUUCCAACAUGCUUAAGUAAUUUUACUGCAAUGAUGGAUAGAACAGUAGUAAACAGAGAUGAAAUUAUAGGAGGAUCUUAUGACUCUAACGUGUUAUUGAUGUGGAAAGGUCAGGAGCGCGUGUUUUUUAAUCCCGAGUAUCUUCUAAAGAGCAUUGAUCUAUCAAGUAAUAAUUUGACUGGUGCAAUACCAAAAGAGAUUGGAUAUUUACUUGGAUUAGUUUCUUUGAAUUUAUCAAGAAACAACUUAGAUGGAGAAAUUCUUUCAGAGAUUGGGAAUUUAAAUUUGUUGGAAUUUCUUGACUUAUCAAGAAAUCAUUUCUCUGGAAAAAUUCCUUCUACUCUCUCAAAAAUUGAUCGUCUUGCUGUGUUGAACUUAUCAAACAAUGAUCUGAAUGGAAGAAUCCCUUGGGGAAGACAGUUGCAAACCUUUGAUGCCUCUAGUUUUGGAGGAAAUCUUGGUCUUUGUGGUGAGCAACUAAACAAAAGUUGUCCUGGAGACAAGACAAUUGCAAUGCCUCAAGGAACAGCAGUGGAUGGUGAAGAUGGCAGUUCAAUUUUGUAUGGAGCAUUAUACAUUAGUUUGGGGCUAGGAUUCUUCACAGGCUUUUGGGGCUUGUUAGGGUCAAUACUACUUUUCCUAUCAUGGAGAAUUGCUUACAUCAGAUUCUUGAACAGACUCACAGACUAUAUUCUUGUAAUGGUUGAAUUGAAGGUAGUCAAGUUCAACAGGUGGCUCAAAGGAUAG